CGACUUCGGCCGUCCUCGAAAUGACAAACUCAUCGUUUGGUCGGUUGCCAACAUGAAAGACAUUUGAAACCAUUGAACAGAACUGCAGUUCGUUUCAGAUCAUAGUACAGCACGCGAGUACAUUCUUCGCCGAGAAGCGACCUCCAGGUUCUACCGAGCUGUAAACAGGCAAAGCUUCAUUGGACUUCAGCAAGCAAGCACACACACGCAGAAUGAUCUGACAUGGAUGGACGUCAGGAGCUCAGAAACUCGUGCAUACCCGUCUUCCACCCACAAGCUUUCGAACAUGCGCACAUGUCUUUCCAGUUCGUUGUACAAAAGACAAUAUCUGCCGGGGCAUUUAUUGCAGGGUACUGCGGUGGCGCAAUAUAUCCAGACACAGGCAGAAGCUACAGCUCCAUGUCGAAAUCUAAUUCAAGCUGACAAGAUGAAAUCUCACCUUGUCUCAUCAUCCCUUGAAAAGAGGGCGUUAGUACACGAACCUUCUAGGCACUCAUGGAUUUCACUAAUGAGAACUUGAAACAUUUAACCCCGUCCUCAAAGUUUGACUUCGCUGCAGUCCGUCCUUCGUGACAUUGGGACAAAAGCGAUGACGUAUUCCUCGGUCAUGAACAGCACAGAGAAAGUUCCAGACUGUCUAUUUGUUCGGCUUCAAAGAUUGGCUUACAGUGCACUCUAGAAAGGCGGCCGGACGCCUUGAAGGAAACAACACUCUUGGACUGCUGUUUCUCAGAAGGAGUCAGGUGGAUGCUGACCUGCAAGUCGAAACGCGUGAUCUCCUCUGUCGAUAUAAGUUCAGGGUUGAUGGCGUCCUCAUAAGAUCCGCCACAAGAAUCAGGUAAAAAAGGAUCGUGAGUUUGGCAAUAUGUAUCGAGAUUUCUGCAUCAAAAUCGAUACGUGCGGCUUAUUCAGGCCAUAUUUAUUGGUCAUUGUUAAUUUCAUUGAUUCUGAUCGAUUUAAAGAUGAGUUCUGAUCGUCGAGCGGAAAUCAUGGUGCCAAACAACCAAGAAGAGAAGAUAAACGAUUCUCUUUACGAGCUGAGUGCUCGCAGAGAUCAGGAGCCUGACAUUGACAUCAUCUUCUUCCAUGGGCUACAAGUAAACUUGCCUUUCGUAGGAACUAAACAUUCGGAUGCAUACAAGAGCUCGUGGGCAUGCAUGUCCGAUCCCUCGGUGUGUUGGCUGCAGCAAUGGCUCGGUCCGGAUCUACUGCAAGAGGGAACUCGCGCUCGAGUGUUUUCGAUAUCUUACGAUUCCAGUGCAUUCCAAACGUCGACCUCAGGAAGGGCAGACCUGCAUCUCAUAUCUGAGAAUCUGAUGAACGACAUCGUAUUCUUUCGGAGGUCUCGGCUCAGAGGAUAUCGAAUUGGGGAGAACUGGCCUGUGGUGCUGGUCGGGCACAGUCUCGGGGGUCUGGUGUUGAAGCAUUUCGUCAUCGAAGCACAGAAACGCAAGGACUGGUUACAACGAGAUCCGAGUGCGGGAGCCAAUCUUCAGACUGUGACAGACUUUCUGAGCAACAUCAGAGGUGUGUUCUACUACUCGACGCCUCACAAUGGAGCAGCUCUGGCAGAGCUCAUGCAAUUCUGGCCUGGGAAGACGAGCCCCGUGGUUCAGUUUCUGCGAGUGCUGAGCAAGGACUCCGCCAGACUCAACAGCGACUUCUCCACAUGGCGCAGACUCGCAGCUGUUCAAGCCUGGACUUUAUUCGAGCAAAACAAGACUUCGUUUCUCGGAUUCCAUAAACUGGUUGUCAAGGAAGGAUCGGCGAGGUAUGAUUCUGAUAACGUGAGGUCAGCUGCAGCUGAUCACUUCUCAAUUUGUAAGCCCAAAUUCAAGAGGGAUGUACAAUACGAAUGGCUCGUCCAGUUUUUAGAGGUAAUCCUUGCGAGCUGGGCAACUCGAAAAUCAGGGCCUGCGCACGAUGUUCGAACUCACGAUUAGGGUGCAGGGUUUAUGGCAACCACCCUCGCAGGAAUCAUGUUUGGUUCCAAUACUUGAAGAAACUGACACUCCCUUUAUCUGCGGUGCUAUGAACACGUCUUCUUUCCGUGAUGGCUGUGGCAUCAGGUCCGAAAUAUAUAGUCAUAAUAUUCAGAUUCAUUUUUCUCGUCCACUCUUGCAUCCCAACGUCCAUCGCUUUUCAUAUUCUCCACAAAGAUCAGAUAAAGAAUAUUUAUAAAGCUACGGUGGUGGUGUAAUAAACGUGGACACUUGACUUGGCACCCAUGAAAUCUUAAUUUGGGUCUUGUGUCCACAUAUGAAGGGGAAGUCAAUUGCAUGAUCAGGGUGCUUGUGGUAAGAAGACCUUGUAGAGAUAUUGCACGGCUGAGGGGUUUCGACUUGUACCAUAGCAACCAACCAGAGUGGGCUGAUAAACUUGGAAUCAUGGCGAUUCCAAGUUAAAGCUUUACAUAGAGCAUAUAAAUCCACUCAGAUGUCUUUUGAGGGUCAGUCGAAGGUUUCUGGCUAAUUUGAAAGAUCAGACCUGCUGCAACUGUAUAUGACAUAGUUGAACGUGAACGUUGAUCCUAGAUACAGAGGAAUUUAAGAACAAAGGGUUUUAAUAUUUAUAUAUUAUAAGCCAGCUUAGAUAUUGCAAUCUAAUCCUCUCUGAAUAGGGAAUAAAGCUAUUAUGAUUCAAAAAAUUCUUGAAGCUGAGAGGAAAGACCUAGGCAUUUCCAUUGAUAAUUUCAAGGAGUUGCCAGAGUUUACUAAGAGGUAUUCCUCGGGAGAGAUGUGAACUGUAAUUAUACUGUACAACCUUGAUGCAAUUUUACUUCAGAAUAGAUUGG